UUCAAGAUGCCGAGCGCGUCAUUCACAUCGUCACGUAGCUACGUCCGCAGAUCCCGGAGGAAAGGCGCCAACAGAAUCCCGUUACCCUCUAGAACAACAUCGGGGACAAGAUUAACUUCAAAUCUCUAUAUUGAAAAAUUCUAUCAUCGUGGAUACGUGUUCUACAAUCGCCAGAGACGCCGUCAAUAUUCAAGAAGCCUGAUCGCCGAACCAUGCGAGCUACCGUGUCCAGCUUCAAAUCCAAUUCCUUCAGGAGGCGGGGGUGUAGGAGGAGGCAGAGGAUCUUCGCCUAGUGUUUCGGGGAUAGCCGCCCCUUCUCCGUCUCAUUCGCACUCGUCACCCUACGAUCUUCGCCGUAAGAGUCCCCCGCAUCCGGAUCCUGCACCUGGCACGAGUUCAGCACUACCACCUCCCGGAGGAAGCAGUAUCGCCGCUGCUCUUGGAACCUCAUCUUUACCAGCCAGAAAGCGACCUAGGAGAACGUGCUCACUUUCAACCGAUGGCACAAAUACAAAUACAGCUGCACACUACCUACAGUACGAGUUGCCGGAUGAGGUGCUGCUGACGAUAUUCAACUACUUAAUGGAACAAGAUUUGUGCCGUGUCUCGCAAGUGUGUAAACGUUUUCAAGCGAUUGCGAAUGACACGGAAUUGUGGAAGUCGUUGUAUCAGCAAGUUUACGAGUAUGAUUUGCCACUGUUUAAUCCGGCACCUUGUAAAUUCGAAUUUAUCUCGCCGGACGAAUCAGAUUAUUCGAACCCCUGGAAAGAAAGUUUUCGACAGUUGUACAGAGGAGUGCACGUCAGGCCUGGUUUUCAGGAUCUUAAAUUCAAGGGUAGAAAUCUCCCAUAUUUCAACACUGUACAAGGGGCUUUAGACUUUGUUGAAGAAUAUAGGAGUAGCAAUGGAUCGACGCCAAAUGCGAACUCAACUACCAAUGUUCAAGGUAACUGUUGCAUCAAUAAUUCGCAAGGCACCGAGGAAACGCCCCUGCACCUAGUAUUUUUACAUGCCGGGACAUACCGUGGUGAAUUUCUCAUCAUUGACUGCGACGUAGCUUUGAUAGGAGCUGCCGCAGGCAACGUCGCCGAGUCUGUUAUUUUAGAAAGAGAAUCAGAAUCGACAGUCAUGUUCGUUGAAGGUGCUAAACGUGCGUACGCAGGCCACCUCACUCUCAAAUUCACACCUGAUGUAACCAGCACUGUACAACAUCAUAAACAUUACUGUUUGGAAGUAGGCGAAAAUUGUAGUCCAACGGUCGAUCACUGCAUUAUUCGUAGUUCAAGCGUCGUUGGAGCAGCGGUCUGUGUGUCGGGUGUUGGAGCAAAUCCUGUGGUGAAAAAUUGCGACAUAUCUGACUGCGAAAACGUUGGCCUGUAUGUAACGGACUAUGCCCAAGGCACCUAUGAGGACAACGAAAUAUCCCGAAAUGCACUGGCGGGGAUUUGGGUGAAAAACUACGCGAAUCCGAUUAUGAGAAGAAAUCACAUCCACCAUGGUAGAGAUGUUGGGAUAUUUACGUUUGAUAACGGCCUAGGAUACUUUGAGGCGAAUGAUAUUCAUAAUAAUCGAAUCGCUGGUUUUGAAGUCAAGGCGGGUGCUAAUCCGACCGUUGUGCACUGCGAGAUACAUCAUGGUCAAACGGGCGGCAUAUACGUUCAUGAGAACGGUCUUGGACAAUUCAUCGACAACAAAAUUCACUCGAACAAUUUUGCUGGCGUUUGGAUAACAUCAAAUUCUAAUCCAACGAUUCGUAGAAAUGAAAUAUACAAUGGUCAUCAAGGUGGGGUUUACAUAUUUGGCGAAGGCCGUGGCCUUAUAGAGCAUAAUAACAUUUACGGCAAUGCUCUCGCCGGGAUACAAAUCCGGACGAACUCAGAUCCGAUUGUCCGACACAACAAAAUUCACCAUGGACAACAUGGUGGUAUAUAUGUUCAUGAAAAAGGUCAAGGUUUGAUCGAGGAAAACGAAGUUUACGCCAAUACGUUGGCCGGGGUUUGGAUAACGACGGGAUCAACUCCAGUUUUAAGAAGGAAUCGAAUCCACAGUGGCAAACAGGUCGGAGUUUAUUUCUAUGACAAUGGUCAUGGGAAAUUGGAAGACAAUGAUAUUUUCAAUCAUUUGUAUUCUGGAGUACAGAUUAGGACUGGGAGCAAUCCUGUCAUUAGAGGGAACAAAAUAUGGGGUGGACAAAACGGUGGAGUCCUCGUGUACAAUAGCGGUCUAGGCCUUUUAGAACAGAAUGAAAUUUUCGACAAUGCCAUGGCAGGUGUUUGGAUUAAAACUGACAGUAAUCCAACGUUAAAAAGGAAUAAAAUAUUCGAUGGAAGAGAUGGCGGAAUUUGUAUAUUCAAUGGGGGAAAAGGUAUACUCGAAGAGAACGACAUAUUCCGAAAUGCGCAGGCUGGAGUUCUAAUUUCAACCCAAUCGCAUCCAGUCCUUAGGAGAAAUCGUAUUUUUGAUGGAUUAGCCGCAGGAGUCGAGAUAACGAACAAUGCGACCGCCACAUUGGAGUUCAAUCAGAUCUUCAACAACCGAUUUGGAGGUCUUUGUCUCGCCAGCGGAGUUCAGCCAACAACUAGAGGUAAUAAGAUAUUCAACAAUCAAGACGCAGUGGAGAAAGCUGUCGGUAAUGGCCAAUGUCUUUACAAAAUUUCAUCGUACACGUCGUUCCCGAUGCAUGACUUUUACCGUUGUCAAACGUGCAAUACGACAGAUCGUAAUGCUAUCUGUGUAAAUUGUAUAAAAACUUGUCACGCUGGCCACGACGUAGAAUUCAUCCGGCACGAUAGAUUUUUUUGCGACUGUGGAGCUGGAACCUUGAGUAACCAGUGUCAGCUGCAGGGUGAGCCGACGCAGGACACCGAUACUUUAUAUGAUAGUGCUGCACCCAUGGAGUCACACACGCUCAUGGUCAACUAGAUGUAGCUAAAGUGAACCAACUGGUCCCAAAUCCGUAAGUUAGAUGGAUCCGUUGAGAUGAACGUGCAGUAAUAACAAUAGUAAUCUGUUGUCGAGUUCUUUGAUAUCAUUAUUAUUAUUAUUAAACUCAUGAAAAUCCCAAUAUCGACAGAGUUAUUGGCAAACUGAAUAAUUAAAGCUUUACCAAAUUCCAAAUGACAUGCCCAACUAUUUGGAAAGACCGUGCGAUUCCUACUAUUUUACUAAUUAUUUCUUGUUAAAUUUCACUGAACACUUAUUUUCAUCGUCACAUGAAUUUUACCAUUUUUAAUGUUUUUAUUUAUUUACAAUAGAUUAUAUGCGUACGCGUAUUUAAUUCCAAUAACUUUGUUAUAUCAUAUAUCUAAAUACAGCAUUGUAUUCUUUCAACCAAAAGUUGUGCAUUAUCAAUGGUAUUGAGACACAUUAAGAGAAGAGAAGCUACCAGAACCAAGAGCUCCUCUCAGUUGUUGCUUCUCUUGAUAGUGGAAUAAAAUAUUUGUAUAUAAGCAUAAUUUGAAUACAAGUAGAGAUUUAUUGGUAUAUUCAAGAACAUUGAAAUUUACAUUGUCGUUAACACGCAACGAAUGGUUGUUGGUUAUAUGAUGCUAAAAUUUUCUAAAUUUUACAUAAACGUUUCAAAAUAUAAUAACGAUGAUGAAGAACUCUGUCGCAGUCAGUUUUGUAUCCAUAAAAAUAAAAUACCUAAUUGCACAAUGAGAAAAAUAUCGAGUUUGAAAACUGAAAACUGAACUGAUACACAUGACGCAGCCUGAGGUAGCUAAUUCCUUCUAAACAUAAUGAAAAACGAUAAGUGAAUGCAAACGAAGGGAAACUGAAACAAAAGAACAACAGAAAACAUAACUCAUCAAUAUUAAUUAAAAGUGUAUGUAUCAUACCUAUGCAAGCACGUUUCUUAAUGAAUGUAAUCUAUAUAUUAAUUUUUAUUAAAGGUAAUGAGUGAAAUGUGAUGUCUGUAUACGAGGAAGGUAUAUAAAUCAAACAGUAAAUACCAUUUGGUUUAUAACAGACUUUGCCAAAUGGUUGUAUGCUGUUGUGGUAUUUUUUGUAAACUGUAGCUUCGAGUUUAUAAAUAAUCUGUUGACAGUGACCUGUUCGAAAGAACGAGAUUACGGAGGUGUGUGCAAAAACAAGAAAAAACGAGUGAUAAAGAGAGAAAAAAAAAAAGAGCAAAAUCUAGAAUUCCACAAGAUGCUUAACUGUGUAUAUACUAUAGUGGCAAGCAUCUUGCUAAUAAUAUUGAGAAACUAAAGACAACUUUGAGCAGUUAUCUGUAUAAAACAUUUUGUUUCCGAACGAAGAAACGUAUUUUUGCAGUGGGGUACCACCGAAAACUAAACCGUCAAACAAUGCCAUGUACCCGAACAAUUACAAUCGGAAGAUGCGUCUCGUCUCGUAAUUAGGGGAGAGAUCUACGACUUGCAUUACCAUGUUGUACUAAAUCUUUUUCUACAAUCAAUACAACAGAAGUGCUGUGCACAAAACAUUAAAAAGCAAGUAAAACAUUAUAAUUUGGUAAAAUAAUCCCAGCAAACGUUUACGCAUUGUAGGGGUAAUAUUUUUUCUUUUUUUCCCCCUUUCCCGCCCCCGAGGAAGUAUGCUACAUACGUACGAUGUCCAAAGAUAGAGUGGUAAUAAAUAACGAACAAAAACGUUACAUGAUAAAGGAAAGUAAAUAAUCAAAUAAUCAAAAAAGGGAUGGAAAAAAACUGAUUAAAUGAAGACAUUGAUUCUAAAAUAAAAUAAAUAAAUGAAUGGAGUAUCUUAUAUGAAACAGUAAAAAGUUAAGAGUAUACAUUUGAUUAAAAAUAUAUAUUCUCUUGUGUUAAAUAAGAUGGAUUAAAGCAGCUGAAUGAAAAAAAAGGCAAAGUGCAUAAUAGAAGGAUAAGAAUUAAGACAAAAAGUAUUUAAACUAUUUAAUGAUUUAAACGAAAAUGAAGAUAUUGGUGUGUACCGGUGAGAAAAAAAAACAGCAAAUCAUCAAACAAUAAACUGUCCGCAGAACAGUGAAUCUCGAGUUGUUAAGAGUGAUCCAACUGCUUUAAAAACAUUGUUGUUGUUAUUAUUAUUAUUAUUAUUAUUAUUAUUAUUAUUAUUACGUUUAAUAUAAUGUUCUGUCGUAACUCUCGUAAGAGGAGAAUACCCUAUGAUACGAACAAGCGCCUAUUAGCCAUGCCCCCUCCUCCCAGACCCUCGCCCCUGCCACUCUCAUUAUGUGUCCAGGGAAUCCAGACACACACACACACACACACACACACAUGUAUAUGUAUGUAUAAUUCAAUAGAUAAGAAGUCUGUGUCUACAGAGUCUGGAAGAUCUGGAAAUUGGGCCAGAAUUUUUUUUAAUCUUAAAAACUUGAAAAUAGCCUGGUAUCUCGUUACAAGCCUUGAAUUUUUCUGGGACAUGCGAAUUACAUUAUUUUUGCACUUGGCGUACGCUUUUAAAUCAAUUUUCGGCAAGAUAAGAUACGUUCUUUCAAGUGCAGAAAUAGACGGAGCAAACAGGAGCCUCUUCUGGUUCCUGCCUCAACUUCUGGCUUUCUCUGCUCUUCUUUUGGGACUGGUGCGACUACGUCUGUCAGUUGCUACUGUCUUUAUUUCAAUUUUUUCUACUAAAGCCUGUAUAAAACUUGUAGAGACGGGCUCUUUUUGGUUUCUAGGAUAUUCUCUGUAUGAAGCUGAAGCUAGCGGCCAAACGUGUUGAACUUUUUGGAAAUAGAACAAUGCAGUUCCGUUAUAUCCUCAUAAUUUUAUGAAAGUAUCGGGUUUCAAGGUAUUUUACAGAGUUUUGAUUUUUGGAUUUUAUUACCUUAUUCAAAUGAACGUCAAAACGUUUGGUUGCUACUUCUGGCUGCUAGGCUUCAACCUCCUAUUUUCCCUUCCACAUCGAGGUGUCGGGGACCCAGUGGUUGCCGCAUCCUAAACACUAUCAUUGUUACUAAAUUUCAGUCAACAAUAGCUUGUAUUUAGUUUGACAAUCUCAUCCUCAUUACCCAUCUGAAUUUCAGUUUCUCAAACAUCUUAUGUGUAAGUGGCUCGAAUUUUUUUGUUGCAAAAUGGUUUGACAAACCUAACAGAAAAGCCUGAAACUUCGUACUCCAAACUCUGUACAUUGAUUACAGUAAUUGUAUGUAGCACAUUUUGUAUUCUAAGUAUCUGCCAAGUGGUAAAGAUAAAAGCUACUUUUGGCAUUGAAUAUUGUCCGUUGGUUUUAAAAGUAACGCCAAGUUGUUGUAAACAAUGUAUAAAAUUCUCUGUAGUGUUUUUAGAAACAUGUAAGACAAAAAAAAAAAGAAAAAAAAGAAAAAAAAACAAACAAGAAGACAAAGACUCCAGAGGAAACUUUUAUCAACGAUCAAUGAAAUACGUUUUAUAGAAGAUAAUCGUGAAAUGAAAAAGACGAAUAGAAAUCGUAUAUUCAGAAGCAAUGCAGGUGUAUGCCGGUAUAUUGUUAUUUUGUUUUUAAACUUUAUAAUGGAUUGAAAAAUUUUCAACUUUAUGUAAAGAAAUUUUAGUAGGGAAAACUUAAAGUAGAAUAUCUGUUGUUUUUUCCAUUUCUGUAUUGUAUAACAAUAUUAAUUUGUUUUUGAUGUGGUAUUUCGUGGGCGACUAGCUAAGAAUAUAUUUUCAAAAUCGUCAAAUAUAAAAACCAUUGUUGACUUUAAUCAUACUAUGCCAAUUGUAAAAUGAUACAAUAGUAGACAAUAUUUUGUUCUCCCUAUCCCAAAGAUGAGGACAUGAUGAAAUGAAGUUUUCCAACAGUAGUUACCUAUAAUCCGUAGCCUUAAGCAUGACGACCGACAAGUGAUAAUUAAUAUCAUCCACAUUGAUUUGUGCCGCGGCUAUGCAUAUGAAUUUUAAGUGAUUACAGCCUCAACGAUCGACUAUAGACCAUGGCAUCUGCUACUCAAUUCAUUUCUUCCAUUACCUUCCGAAUAUACCUGGUUAAUUAUACUCACCCAUGUAUUUGGUGACUUGCAAAUUUGACAUGAACAAAAACGAAAAGCAACAGAAAAAUAACUUUAAAUGGCACUAUUAAUAUGACAAGUAAUUCUGCACAAAUAGAAACUACGACUACGACUACUACUACUACUUAAAAUUAGUCAAAGCCAACUGACACUACUUCCAAUGAAAUUUUAUAAUACGUCGUUAUUAACAUCCAGUGCAGUACCGAUUCAGACAAUAUUCAAGAACUUUCUUACUGUGUGGCAAAUUUCUAGAAUGGCUGUUUUUUUAUAGUUGAUCAAAUGUCUGUUUCCAGAGAUCAAAGCAUUGUUAUUCAUUAUUUUUUACUGCAGCAAGAUUCUAAUACUUGUGUUUAUAUUUGUUGAACGCACUAGGGUAAGAUUUAGUAAACAAUGUGGACACGCCAUGUUUCAAUCCCCCCCGUACCCAAUUCACUCCCACAAAAUCUUACCUCUUAUCACAAUUUUCACAUGCAAAUUGAAAAUGAAAUUUCUUGGGCACUCUGUUGAUUUGAUUAUCAGAAGGCAUAUGUCGCCGUUUAUGAAUUAUAAAUUUUGAAACACGUUUGAAGAAAACUGUGAUCAUGUGAAUUGAUUGGUUUGUCGAAUAGUAGUUCCAAAAAUGUGUAACGUAGGUAUAAUAUUCACAUAUAGCCAUAUACAUUUAAACAUUAGAGAGCUGGCCUGGCUGUUUUAGGAGUCAGCAGAUAACUCGGAAGCUCCAUUGGGGACGUGCUGACUAUUUAUAUGCAUAAAUCAUACCUCUGAAAAAUAUCAAAUUUCAAGCCAAAAACACCGGCCCUCUAAUGGUUAAUUAUCUUCCUUGAAAAAUUAGAUGAAAAAAGAGCUAUGGCAGAAUAAGAGAAUAUAUUCAACUUUUGCUUUGAUCGUUUAUGGAUCACAAUGAGAAACUUCUAAACCUUGUUGAGUACCUCGUGUAAUCAAUUUAAAAAAAAAUAAUAAUUCAUUAGCAUUGUAACCUCCGCUCUACUAUUAAUUUAAUUUUUUAUUUGUAUGAUUAUUUAAAUACCAUUUUGUUCAAUCAUACACGCACAUACAGUCGUACGUUAACUGAGUAUUGUUAUUUCUUUUCUUUCAUCCGUCAUUAGAAGUAAUCUAUAUUUAAUAAAUUGAAAAAAAUCUCUUUACUAUUUUUCAUUAGAUUACUAAUAAGAUCGACAAUUUUUUCACGAUUAGGCGAAUAAAUAAUACUUCAUUCCAAACAUUUUAUACACAUACUAUUAUACUCCGUACUGAACGCUACACGAUUGUUUUUUUUUUUUUUUUUAAGCAAAAUACUUGCCAUUAUUAUGUUAGUGGCCAUAAUAUUAUUUGUUUUGUGGUAUAGACAAUAUAGCUACUAUAAUAUACACAUACACAAAAUGUGCAACGCAAGCCUAUGGAAAAGUUGAUACCACUACGUAUUCUGUACAUAUUAAUCAUUCACACUAUUAUUAUUAUUAUUGUUAUUGCUAUUAAUUUUUUUUGCUUGUACUUUCAUGAUUCAUAUACCCUUAGUUUUCACCAUGACAUUCAUCGUAUUGUAUAAUAUCGUACAAAAUAUUAAAAGUUCCAUACUUUUUAUUCAAGACAGAGCCCAACGCACCUAUGCCCCACUUUUACUACUUUACUGAAACUAGUAUCAAUGCUACUAAGACUACGUAAAUUAUACAUAUAUACGUACUACGCUUCCUGUGCUGAGAUGAAGAAAUGUCGGAUAUUAAUAUUGCCUCUCAAACUUUGCUGUGAAUUUUGUAACAAGCAACCGAUACACAAAGAAGAUCUCGUGAAGUGAAGCUACCAAUAUCUCAACGACGAGGUUGAAGCUAGCAGCCAAACUUUCUAACGUUUACUCGAACAAGAUAGUGAAGUUAGAAAAUGAAAAUUUUGAGAAAUACCAUGAACCCCCAAUGUGUUCAUAGAAUUGUAUGGAUAAGAUUGAACUGUAUUUUUCUAUGUCCAAAAAUUUUAUCACGUUUGGCUGUUAACUCUGGCUGCUAGUUUCAGCUUCGUCACCUCAGUGUGGUUCUUCCAGGGUCCAACAGACAACGGUUAAUGCAAAGAAAGCUUGAAGUCACCUCGGGUAGCUUGAAUGGCUAUAUGACACGAGAUUCUCUUGGUGAAAUCAAAAUUGAACAGAGAAUAAACUUUUUACACUCUGUCAACCUCUAAACUCGCAACAAUAAAUUAUCCUGACCCCCACACACACACACACACAAUGUGAAAAGCGAAAGUGUAAAUUGUGAUUUCUGACACACACACAAACACACGCCCAGAGAGGGGUGGGGGGAGAGAGACAGAGAGAGAGAGAGAGAGAGAGUCAGAAAUCACAGCCAAUAUAUUUGUAUGUACACGUAUCACAAUUUACACUUUCGCUUUUCACAUUUCUAAAUUACAAUCUGACGAUCAGAUACAUAUUACAAAAAUUUAUUAUUAAUAUUAUUAUCCACAUAUUGUAUCAGCAACGGCGACAAUUACGCUACGCGUAGUUUUCGACAUAUAUUAAGUCAUACAUAACUAUUUACAUAUAUUGUAAUGAUAAUCAAAAGUACUAGGUAUGUACGGUAUUUUUCAAAAGAAUGGUGUUUUUCAUUAGUACAAGAAGAUCUUGUCAUCCAGUAGAUGAGAUUUUACAAAACCGGUUUUAACAAAAACUGAUCAUUUUCAUCUCAUCCCAAUUACAGGAUUCAUUUCAAUUUACACAUUGAUGGAUAUUGAUUGAAAUUUUUAUUUUUUGAGUAAUGUGUCAAUAACUGUAAUAAAUUAUCAGAGUUCAUCGCGCUAUAUAAGUUUAAUUUAUCAGAGAAGAAAAAAAACAACCGUACUGUACUGCAAGGUGGCAUUUACGUUACUAAUCAUGAACAUGAUACAUUGUAUAUUGAACUGUUGCGUCAACACACACACACACACAUACACACAUAUGUUACAUAUAGAAGUAGAAGUAAGUGUAAAGAAAAGAAUCGAAUCCAGACCGAACAGUUGUAUAAUGAAAGGAAGCAGGAUUCCUUUUUUCUUAAUGUUAAUUUUACUUUGCAAUGCGGGAUCAGGGGGAGGGGGCUUUGUAUUGUAAACGCUAAUGCGCAAGAGUGCAAUUUUAUAAAUUAUAAACCAUAUUACAUACAUAUAUACAUACAUACAUGAUUAUAGGCGUAAAUUAGUUCAUGAAAUGAAAUGAAUUAUUUUAAAGCUCAGGCCAGUACAAGUAAAGUAAAUGGCCAGGGCUUUUAUUUGAAUAAUAUAAUUUUUAGUGUGUAAUAUAACAUACUACAAUUAUAAAUAUAAUAUGGCUUGAAUUGUAAAUAGAUUAUCUUAAAUGUAUUCGACUCUAUGAUUAUAUCGCUACUACACUGAACCAUACUAGACUGCAUACAUAUACUUGGAUAAUAAAAAGUAUUGAUGACAAAUUUCAGAUUAUUAGAGACCAUGGCAGUGUUCAAGUUUACGCCUGGCGAAGAGCCUUCAAGUAAAUUUGUUCAUACUUUUCUUUUUUUUUUUUCUUUACAUGUUUCACAAACGUUAUAUCGAUUACCCAAUAAUUGGGUAUCGAUGAUAUACUACGCAUUAGAAAUAGAAAUGUCAACUAUUAUUAUUAUUAUUGUUAUUAUUGUUAUUAUUAUUAUUAUUAUUAAUCUUACUACUACCACUACUACUACUAUUACUACUACUACACUUGAUACUUGAACGAUGCCAUUAUAUAAUUAGUAUUGCCUAUAUACUAUAAUUCCUUAGUAGCUCAAUACCCUACUUAUACAAUUAUAUGAUUUUUUAUUUUAA